AUGGAGGCAGCAACUGCAGCGGUGCCGAUUGUCAUCGACGACGACACGCCUGAUGUGGACGAGCCUGUGGACAACGCCACGGUUGCGGAACCGGACAUGGAGGUGGACAAUCAGACAGUGGGCGAGCCUGAACCUGACGAAGAAAUGAUGGCAUCUGAUGAAGAGAAUGUCACGCCAGAGGAAAGCGCAGAAAGACGACCUUUGCUACUUCCAGGCCGAACCGACAUCAUCAACCCGGAUCAUCAAAUGGCCCUGGCGGCAAUGACGCCUGCUAUCCGGCCAAAUCAGAUGAAAGCAGCGUGUGUCGAUGGUUGUCGUGCCACUUAUGCCUACAUGGCGUAUAUCAUUGGUCGCAUCAUGUGCAAGAAUUGGGUAGCGGCUACCUCUUGGUUGACUAUGCCGUAUGACACAAUGCAAGAGAGCUUCAAGCGUGGUUUGAGGUAUGACCUGAGAGGAACAUGGCCGGAAUUUGGAAAGGAGAUAGAUCCUGAGACCCAUGUCUGCCGAGAUCUCACCGAUGAGGAAAUCCUGGCUGAAGGGAUCAAAAGACAGGACCCUCACGAUCCAGAAGGGAAGUAUUUGCUUCGCAAAAUACGGGGGAUGGACGUCAAGCAAAUGCACUUCGUCAUUCCGCCCCUCACUGGCUACACUCAGUAUUCUGUCGUGUCACCCAUGACGGCGACGAGGGACAACGUCUUCACGAUCGACCCCGUCGGCGUGUUGGACUGCGUCAGCAUUAAUGAAGUACAAGCUUCAACGCUUGCACUCUUGGUCGACAGCGAUGUCACUUUGCCGCGCAAGCAGAACGUACAGAAGCCGGUCGUCCUGCAGCCAGUGACAGUCGACAACGCAGCAACGGCAAUACAGUCGCUGACAAAGGAGAUUGUGGACCAGCGCGAGACGAAGGCAUCGAAGCCGAAGAAGGCCAAGAAAAGCAAGAAGCUCCCAGCCAAAGACAUCGCGUGUUGGAUUGAGCAGCCUGCAGAAAGCCAAAUUGGGUGGGGAGCUGAGUUGACAUCGACGAGCAUCAUGAGCAGUGUGUUUGUCCAUCGCUUGAUUCUUGACCGUGGCAUGCCUGACUUCGACUACGAUGCGUGCGUGAGGGCGAAGCCAAGCGAUACUCACAGCGAGCCCUUGCCCCGGCCGCCUGCUUUGCGCCAGGACAUCCAGGCGAUGGCCUCGACGCUGUGCAGUCUCGGUGUGACUGCUUCUCCAAUCAAGCCCGACUACGUGGGUAAAUAUGGAAAGAGGAAACUUGAGGCGUCUUAUGCUGUGGUAGCCAGUGACAUCAUGACCUUCACUCUCGUUCGAUUGCUCCUGCUGCGAAUGAAAACUGUUGUUGCUCCAUCAGCUUUGGCUCAUGAAGGCUUUGGCCACGCGCGGUGUGUCUUGAUCUUACUCUUGCAACUUGUAUCAGUGUUGAUGGAGGCGUUGGGAUGGCACGGCAUUGAAUUCCCGAAAGUGCCAGCGGAGCUCGGCAGUUUACAGCCUAUCAACAGUGUGCAGGAAGGCAUGGCACAGAGGAUGGAGGAUUUCGAGCGACAGCUCGCGAAGGUUGAUGAGUUGACCUGCCGGAUCGAGGCCAUGGCGAACACGGUGGAGGCAAACAUUGCUUCUACACGUGAGGAAGGCUCCAGCUCGAGCACCACCACCGAUCCCAGCAUCUUACACCCUGUCCUCACUAUGCUGGAAGGCUUGUCAAAGAGGAUGGAGGAUUUCGAGAAGCGGUUUGCGAAGGUUGAUGAGUUAAGUUGCCGGAUCGAGGCCAUGGCGAACACGGUGGAGGCAAACAUUGCUUCUACACGUGAGGAAGCCUGGGAAGCUCGAUGGGAGCAGUUGCAGGCCGCGAAUAUCGUGGCUUCUCAGCGCAUCGAAAACAUCGAUGCCAAGCUGGCGCAGCUCCUCGAACGGCCCACCAGCCGGAGCUCAACAGUUUCAGCCGCCGUCCAGACGGAAUCGGAAGAUAAGAACCUGCGCGAGACAGUGGAGAAGCAGGAGUUUCAGCUGCAGCUUGCGGCAGGCGACAAGUUGAUGCUGAAGGACGAGAACAGUAAUUGCCGCAUGAUUGCGCUGGACGCGCUCAAGGAGAAGAACGGCUACAAGGCGGAGCUCGCAGCCGUGCAGAGGCACCUUGGCUUCCUGACGGAAGGGGAGGAGCUGGAGAAUCAGGAGAAUGCGGACCCAGGGCAAGCCAGCACCGAGGCGAUUCUUGAGGACUCGGGAGAGCAGGAGCAGCAAGAAGAGCUACCGCGACCACAUCGUGCAAGUGGGCCUGGGUGGCUGUAUCUCUAUGGAGAGGCACUUCUUCCCCGAGCUGCAGACGGCCGCAUCAUCCUCAAGAACGAGGACAUGGUGGCAGCGUACGCGGCUCAUUUCGGGCAAACUCCCACGCCGGAGCAGCUGCGGAAUUGGGUGAAGAACAGCCAUGGACAGGCGAUCUCUUACAAGGAGGCCAGGAACCUGAUAGCCUCCGCCAAGGAAGCGAAGAAGCAGGCGAAGUGA